AUGCAUGUGGGAAACGACAAUGAUCUUGGUACGAGCCCCAUGCUGCUGCCAGUUUCGACGGCUUUAAUUGGGAUGGAACAACAGCAAGCACAACAGCUGCAGGCCAUGGCGCGGCAUGCACCGCUGCGCGCUCGAGAAAUGGAGAUUAUUCCAACCUAUCAAGAGGUGAUGCUUGGUCUCGGCAACUGGUCCGGUGAAUGGGGUGGUGGCGGUGGCCGCAUGAUGCCGGCAGGUCGUGUCCGCACUUCCGCGCAACAGCGAGACCGGCAGCAGCGCCGCAGUGGGCCACAACAACAAAAACAACAGCGGCUUCGUGUCGCGGGCGGGGAAGAUGGAGCAGGACACACUGCACAGUCCACGGCAGCAGCCGGAGCAGCAGCACAAAGUGUCACUUGCGCCUCUUUCAACUUAUUCAGCGCCGAAGAGUGUCGAAAGCGGCUGCAUCGCCUCUUGCAGUUCAUCGCGGCGUACACCGCCCAGCGGCGUAAGCGUGGCGGGUCGUCGGCGGCAGUUGCAGCUGUCGUAGGAGGCGAGGCGAGUUUUGCUGGUCCCAUAACGGAUACUUCACCAGGGACGAAGAAAGCAGGGCCUCCCUCACCAAGAAUGCAACUGCAAAAUCAAUCGCCACAGCAGUUAACUCCCUCGCGUGAAAAGGCCGGGUCGAAGCAAAACGUGUCGCCCAUUCGAGGAGAAGCAACCCCGUUGAUGUUGCCGCAGUCAGUAACAGGUGCUCUGCCGUCUGUAGGGAAGCUUCCCGGCUCGCCCUCGAUGGAGGUGGCACGGCCGCAACACCGUCAUCAUCAUCAUCAUCCUAUUCAACAAAAGCAGCAACGGCGUCGGCGUCGGUCACGGUCUGCCCAUGCCGAGAGCAGUGGCGACAGCGACCAGGAAGGGCGUAGCCCCGUCAUUGCCGGUGAUGAAGCGGCCCCGUGUUCGCUGGAGCGCAGUCGCGCCCACAGCAGCGGCGACCGACGGGGUGACAGCAACAACAAUAGUAAUACCAUUAAGGGGGAAGAAGCGGCGAUGGCGGCGCCCUCCUCGCGUUCCUCCAGUGCCGAGAGCUCAUCUUCGAACCGUCGACGGUGGCGACGUCGGCGUGUGUGA